AUGCGGCGGCCUGGCCCCAGGGGCCGCCGCCCCCUCCUGUUGGUGCUGCUGCUGCCGCUCUUUGCAGCUGCCGCCAGCUCUAUAUCCAUCGCUAACCCCAGUCCCAUCCCCAGCCAGGCAGUCGAGGUCUCGGUGGUCCCGGGCCGCCCGACCAGCGUUGCUGCUUGUCAUUGCUGCCCAGGUCGGACACCGAGGAGGAGCCGCUGCAUCCGAGCCUCCUGCAGGGUCCAAAGCUGCCAGCUCCCAAAGUGUGUAGGCCCCCAGCGGUGCCCGACCCCAGUGCCUCCUGUGCCCAGCCCCAGCCCCAGUGCAAAGAAGAGACAGGUGUCCCUUAACUGGCAGCCACUGACGCUACAAGAGGCACGAGCUCUGCUGAAGCGACGGCGGCCCCGCGGGCCUAGGGGCCGGGCACUGCUGAAAAGGAGGCCCCCACAGCGCAGUUUUGCUGGCCAGGCCCAGGUCCUGUGUCCCUUGAUCUGUCACAACGGCGGCGUGUGCGUGAAGCCUGACCGCUGCCUCUGUCCUCCCGACUUCGCUGGCAAGUUCUGCCAGUUGCACUCCUCGGGCGCCCGGCCCCCAGCCCCAGCCAUGCCAGGCCUCACCCGCUCGGUGUACACUAUGCCAUUGGCCAACCACCGCGACGACGAGCACGGCGUGGCAUCUAUGGUGAGUGUCCACGUGGAGCACCCUCAGGAGGCGUCGGUUGUGGUGCACCAGGUGGAGCGUGUGUCUGGCCCUUGGGAGGAGGCUGAUGCUGAGGCAGUGGCACGGGCUGAAGCGGCGGCGCGGGCGGAGGCGGCUGCACCCUACACGGUGUUGGCACAGAGCGCGCCGCGCGAGGACGGCUACUCAGAUGCCUCGGGCUUCGGUUACUGCUUUCGGGAGCUCCGCGGAGGCGAAUGUGCGUCUCCGCUGCCGGGGCUCCGGACUCGGGAGAUCUGCUGCCGAGGGGACGGUUUGGCCUGGGGUGUUCACGACUGUCAGUCAUGCUCGGAGCACCUGGGGAAUUCCGAACGAGUGGGCGCCCCAAAUGGACCUUGUCCAACUGGCUUUGAGAGGGUUAAUGGGUCCUGUGAAGAUGUGGAUGAGUGCGCGACAGGUGGACGCUGCCAACACGGGGAGUGUGCAAACACGCAUGGCGGGUACACGUGCGUGUGCCCUGAUGGUUUCCUGCUUGACUCAUCCCGCAGCAGCUGCAUCUCCCAACACGUGAUCUCUGAGGCGAAGGGGCCCUGCUUCCGCGUGCUCCGCGAGGGCGGCUGCUCGCUGCCCAUUCUGCGUAACAUCACCAAACAAAUCUGCUGCUGUAGCCGGGUGGGCAAGGCCUGGGGCCGUGGCUGCCAGCUCUGCCCACCCUUCGGCUCAGAGGGUUUUAGGGAUAUCUGCCCAGCUGGCCCUGGCUACCACUACUCGGCCUCUGACCUCCGUUAUAACACCAGACCCCUGGGCCAGGAGCCACCCCGAGUUUCUCUCACCCAGCCACGCACACUACCGGCCACCUCUCAGCCAUCCACAGGCUUUCUGUCCACCCACCGCCCGGAGCCCCACCCUGAGUCCCGUCCAGGCCCUGAGCGUCCCUUGCCCAGCCUCCCUGCCUGGACUGGUCCUGAGAUUCCUGAAUCAGGUCCUUCCUCGGGCAUGUGUCAGCGCAAUCCCCAGGUCUGUGGACCAGGACGCUGCAUCCCCCGGCCCGGUGGCUACACCUGUGCUUGCGACUCCGGCUUUAGGCUCAGCCCCCAGGGCACCCGCUGCAUAGACGUGGAUGAAUGUCGCCGCGUGCCCCCACCCUGUGCUCCCGGACGCUGCGAGAACACAGCAGGCAGCUUCCGCUGCGUGUGUGGCCUGGGCUUCCGAGCCGGCCCGAGGUCUACGGAGUGUCUGGACGUGGACGAGUGCCACCGCGUGCCGCCACCGUGUGACCUUGGGCGCUGCGAGAACACUCCAGGCAGCUUCCUGUGCGUGUGCCCAGCCGGGUACCAGGCUGCGUCACACGGAGCCAGCUGCCAGGAUGUGGAUGAAUGCACCCAAAGCCCAGGCCUAUGCGGCCGAGGGGUCUGCAAGAACCUGCCUGGCUCUUUCCGCUGUGUUUGCCCGGCUGGCUUCCGGGGCUCAGCGUGUGAAGAGGAUGUGGAUGAGUGUGCUCAGGAGCCACCACCCUGCGGGCCAGGCCGCUGUGACAACACUGUUGGCUCCUAUCACUGUGCCUGCCCUGCUGGCUUCCAUUCCCGAGGGCCAGGGGCCCCCUGCCAAGAUGUGGACGAAUGUGCCCGUAGCCCCCAGCCCUGCUCCUAUGGUCGGUGUGAAAACACGGAAGGCAGCUUCCAGUGUGUCUGCCCCACAGGCUUCCAACCCAACGCCGCUGGCUCUGAGUGCGAGGAUGUGGAUGAGUGUGAAAACCACCUGGCAUGUCCUGGGCAGGAGUGUGUGAACUCACCUGGGUCCUUCCAGUGCAGGGCCUGUCCUGCUGGCCACCACCUACACCAUGGCAGAUGCACUGAUGUGGACGAAUGCAGUUCCGGCGCCCCCUGUGGCCCUCACGGCCACUGCACUAACACCGAAGGCUCCUUCCGCUGCAGCUGCGCGCCAGGCUACCGGGCGCCAUCCAGUCGGCCUGGACCUUGCGCAGACGUGAACGAGUGCCUGGAGGGCGAUUUUUGCUUCCCUCACGGCGAGUGCCUGAACACUGACGGUUCUUUUGCCUGUACUUGUGCCCCUGGCUACCGGCCCGGACCCCGCGGAGCCUCUUGCCUCGACGUGGACGAGUGCAGCGAGGAGGACCUUUGCCAGAGCGGCAUCUGUACCAAUACCGACGGCUCCUUUGAGUGCAUCUGUCCUCCGGGACACCGCGCCGGCCCAGACCUCGCUUCCUGCCUGGAUGUGGAUGAGUGUCGCGAGCAGGGACCAGCCCUGUGCGGGUCCCUGCGCUGUGAAAAUUCCCCUGGCUCCUAUCGCUGUGUCCGGGACUGCGAUCCUGGCUACCACGCGGGCCCCGAGGGCACCUGUGACGACGUGGAUGAGUGCCAAGAAUAUGGCCCUGAGAUUUGCGGAGCCCAGCGCUGUGAGAAUACCCCUGGCUCUUACCGCUGCACACCUGCCUGUGACCCCGGUUAUCAGCCCACGCCAGGGGGCGGAUGCCAAGAUGUGGAUGAAUGCCGGAACCGGUCCUUCUGUGGUGCCCAUGCUGUGUGCCAGAACCUGCCUGGCUCCUUCCAGUGCCUCUGUGACCAGGGCUACGAGGGGGCACGGGACGGGCGUCAUUGCGUGGAUGUGAAUGAAUGUGAAACACUACAGGGGGUAUGUGGAGCUGCCCUAUGUGAAAAUGUCGAAGGUUCCUUCCUCUGUGUCUGCCCCACCAGCCCGGAGGAGUUUGACCCCAUGACUGGACGCUGUGUUCCCCCACGGACUGUUGCUGGCACAUUCCCAGGCUCACAGCACCAGGAACCUGAUAGCCCCAGUCAGCCGGCUAGACCACCUCCACCACCCCGCCGGCCCAGCACACCUAGGCAAGGCCCUGUAGGUAGCGGACAGCGGGAAUGCUACUUUGAUACAGCAGCCCCAGAUGCAUGUGACAAUAUCCUGGCCCGGAAUGUGACAUGGCAGGAGUGCUGCUGUACUGUGGGUGAGGGCUGGGGCAGCGGCUGCCGCAUCCAGCAGUGCCCGAGCACUGAGACAGCUGAGUACCAGUCAUUGUGCCCCCAUGGCCGCGGCUACCUGGUGCCCAGUGGAGAUCCGAGCCUCCGGAGAGACGUGGACGAAUGUCAGCUCUUCCGAGACCAGGUGUGCAAGAAUGGCGUGUGUGUGAACACGGCCCCAGGCUACUCAUGUUACUGCAGCAACGGCUACUACUACCAUGCACAGCGGCUGGAGUGCAUCGAUAAUGACGAGUGCGCUGAUGAGGAGCCGGCUUGUGAGGGUGGCAGUUGCGUCAACACCGUGGGCUCUUACCACUGCACUUGCGAGCCUCCUCUGGUACUGGAUGGCUCUAGGCGCCGCUGUGUAUCCAACGAGAGCCAGAGCCUCGAUGACAAUCUGGGAGUGUGCUGGCAGGAAGUAGGGGCUGACCUUGUGUGCAGUCGCCCUAGACUGGACCGUCAGGCCACCUAUACAGAGUGCUGCUGCCUCUAUGGAGAGGCUUGGGGCAUGGACUGUGCCCUCUGCCCUGCCCAGGACUCAGAUGACUUUGAGGCCCUGUGCAACGUGCUGCGCCCCCCUGCAUAUGGCCCUCCACGGCCAGGUGGCUUUGGACUCCCCUAUGAGUAUGGCCCAGACUUAGGUCCACCUUACCAGGGCCUCCCAUAUGGGCCUGAGUUGUACUCACCACCUGUGAUACCCUAUGACCCCUACCCGCCACCACCUGGGCCCUUUGCCCGUCGGGAGGCACCUUAUGGGGUACCACCUUUCGACAUGCCUGACUUUGAGGACGACGGUGGCCCCUAUGGUGAAUCUGAGGCUCCUGUCCCACCGGGCCCAGGCACCCGUUGGCCCUAUCGGUCCCGUGAUACACGCGGCUCCUUCCCAGAGCCUGAGGAGUCACCUGAAGGUGGAGGCUACACUGGCGCCUUAGGUGAGCCCUACGAAGAGCUGGAGGCGGAGGAUUGCGGGAUCGUGGACGGCUGCGCCCACGGCCGCUGCGUGCGCGUCCCUGAAGGCUUCACCUGCCGCUGCUUCGAUGGCUACCGCCUGGACAUGACCCGCAUGGCCUGCGUCGACAUCAAUGAGUGUGACGAGGCAGAGGCGGCGUCCCCACUCUGCAUCAACGCGCGCUGCCUCAACACCGAUGGCUCCUUCCGCUGUAUUUGCCGCCCAGGAUUCGCACCGACGCACCAGCCGCACCACUGCGCGCCAGCGCGGCCCCGGGCCUGAGACCCGGCCCCUGCGGGCCUCGCACCCGCGCCUGUGCUCACUGGGCCCCUGCGGAACACUCUGCAGCCGGUCAGUGUGCAUGUGCACAGAGCCUCCCUGACCAGACCGACCCGAGGGACAGCCAGGAAAUCUGGAAGUCCUAACUACCUUCACUCUGCCGCCAUCCCACCCCUCCCGCCGAAGCCACGGGGCCCUGGGCCUAGGCUAGGGUCCCCAUCACAUUCCUGCUCCCUUUUAUAAAAUUUUCAAUUAAAAAGCACUUAUUUUGUA